CUAUUGAAGCACCUUUGUUGUAUUUGAUCAUUUCAACAUUAAUUUUGGCAUUGACACAUUUUAAUGGACGAUUUAAUUCAAGUGAUUCAAUCUAUGAUAAUGAGACAGAAGUAAAUCUUCACAAUAAUGAUAAGACAAAAUCUCGUCUCAAUAUCACCAUUGUAAUUUGUCUGCUUCAUGUUUGCCUUGAUGUAUUACAAAAUUCGUAUGAGCUUGAUUGUAUCUGUUGGCUUAUUGUUUGGAUGUACGCAACUUUGUUGGCAUUAAUUUUGAAAAACAAUUCGCAACAAUAUGGCUUUUUACAUAUUCGUAACCAUCUGAACAUUCUAUACCUUCUCUCAAUGUUUUAUGUGAUAAAAAAUCUCCAUUUGGAUCAUCUAAAAAUUGAAAUGCUCGUUAACACAAAAGAAACCAAAUUAUGUCAUGAAG